AUGAGCCAACAGACGCUUGAAGCAAUUCGCUUCGAUAAAGAACAGAAUACCUUAAAGAUCUUGGAUCAACUUCUACUCCCUUAUUCAACUCACUAUAUUGACAUCGAAUCUAUAGAUGAUGCGUUCAGUGCCAUCAAACUAAUGCAGGUCAGAGGAGCACCAGCAAUUGCCAUUGUUGGAGCAUUUGCUGUCACUGUCGAUAUCUUGAGGAAUCUUGAGGCCAACAAGAGUCGUACUAUUGCUGAGUUGGUGGAAAGAAUCGACUACUUGGUGACUUCAAGGCCUACUGCCGUCAACCUUUCGAAUGCUUUGAAUGAGCUCAAGGAGUUGCUCAGGAGCGGUUUCAAAGAAACUGACACUGUCAACGAGGCGGCUUUUGAUGUCGUCAAGAAGUACUCAGUCGCUCUACACGAGGGCGACUUGGAUAACAACUAUAAAAUUGGUGAUAACGGUGUGAAGUACAUUGCUGAGACAUUGAAGAAGCAGAACUUUAAGGGCCCCUUCUCCAUUCUUACUGUCUGUAACACGGGUUCUUUGGCUACUUCUGGCCAUGGAACAGCUUUGGGUAUCAUAAGAUCAGUUCAUGCUCAGUUAGGUAAGAGCUCUGGAAAUGACUUUUGGUUUGAUCAAGUCUACCCAUUAGAGACUAGACCAUACAACCAGGGUGCAAGAUUGACCACUUAUGAGCUCGACUAUGAGAAGAUCCCAUUUACUUUAAUUUGUGAUAACAUGGUUACCUCACUCAUUUCUUCCUUGUCAAAGAAGAGAAGCAUCAAAUCAUCGUCUGCUCCAGUGAAGUUCAUCAUUGUUGGUGCCGACCGUGUGGUGAAGAAUGGUGAUUCUGCGAACAAAAUUGGAACAUACCAAUUAGCUGCUAUUGCCAACUACUUCAACCUGAUUUCUACGCAAGAGGACGAGAAAAUAAAGUUCAUCGUUGCAGCUCCAAACACUACUGUCGACCAUAAAACUGCUACAGGUGACGAUAUUGUAAUUGAAGAACGUCCUUCGCAUGAGCUCACGACUUUGGAGGGCCCUCUUGUGAAGAAAGAUGGCACUGUUGGAGAGAAGAACGUAGUUGGAAUUGCCACUCCCGGAAUCCAAGUGUGGAAUCCAGCUUUCGAUGUGACUCCACAUGAGCUUAUAGAUGCAAUUGUUACGGAGGAUUAUCCGGUCCACGAGAAGCGUGAUGGCGAAUUCUCACUUUAG